AUGAGAUUGGUAUUCACUUCCUGGGAGUCUGGAUGUGAAGAAGUUUGUGCGAAAGGAUGGAAAAUACUCGCUGACUCAAUAAUUUCAACUUCAAGGGACGUUGUAAUUUAUCACGGUGACAUUCUUGCUUUAGAGGAUGGAACUGUAUACAUGUACACCGCAUCUGGCACCAAGAAGCCAUAUCUGACCGGAGCUUUGUUUUCUUCAUCUCGUUUUAUCUCAUUCCAUGCUGCCUAUGAAAAAUUAUUUUUGGUAAGUGAAGAAGGUCGUCUUUUCGGUUGUGGGCAUACUACUUAUGGUGAAUGUGGCAUUAUUUCUUCAAAUCCCAUUGAUUCGUUGCGUGAAAUUGAACUGGUCACACCACUGGCUGUUUGCCCUCACGGAUCUUUGGUUACAACUGCAGAGUCACUGAAGGUGAGGCUUGUUCAAACAUCCUCAUCUGAAGUUUGCGUUACUGAUUUCCAUGAUCAAUUAUGGAAAUAUGGUGGUGGAAGAUUAGAAUUCGAUUCGCUAGGGCGCGUUCAAGUGCAAUCUUUACAACUUUCAUCGAGAUGCAAAGUUUUGCAACUAUGUGCCGGAAGGGAACACUUUGUCUGCUUGGCUGUUCCUUUAAUUAAUGAAAAAAAUUCUAUCGAUGUUGAAAAUUUGCCAACUUCGGGGAUACGAAGAUCAAACAAAUGUGAAAAAUGUCGAGAAGAAUGUGGGCUACAGCUGAGUACAUUAAUGUAUAUGGCUGACCAGAAAAAUGGAUCACAAGUUUCAUUUGGAAGCUGUGAAAAAGGAUUGGCUGAAAGAGGAGUAAAAGGAAGCUUUGCAAUUCGUAAUCCAUGCUCACUUCUGGAUGCAGAAAACAGUGCAAGAGAGCACCAAACACUUCAAUUCUGUAGUUCUUCACGUACCAUCAAAGCUGCUAUUGUAAAACCGUGGAAAGAAACUUUACUUAAUGAAUUUGAAAUGAUGGAAAUGAGAAAUGUUAACGUCUGGAAUGGACUUGGGAAAAAUUCAACAUUUGUUUCAAUGGGAAAUCUACCUGAUAUGUAUUAUAUGCAAAAUACAAAUGCAGAAGACUCAUCAUCGGGUUGUACUGUUCACAAUCGGAAGUCUUCAAAAUCAGAUGGAAGAAUUUCACUCACCGACUCACAGGAUGAUCCUGACCUGUUACCAGAAAUUUGGACAUGGGGCGCUAAUGAAAAUGGCCAGCUAGGACAUGGUGAUUUGGUAGUGAGAAGAGUGCCAUUUAAAGUAGUCGAUUUAUCGAGCAUGUAUUGUAUCAAAGUAGCAGCAGGAGACGACCAUACCAUAGCACUUACAGGAUCUGGCAAGUUAUAUGUCUGGGGAUCAAACAGUAAUGAACAACUAAAGCAAGCAAACCUGUCACAUGUAACGAAGCCAACUCUUUUUAAAGUUGGAAGCCAUUCUUUCGUUUUGGAUGCAUUCGCAAGUGGCUGUCAGACAGGUGUUAUUGUUGGCGGUGUGGCAAAUUCUGCCACACUCUAUUUGUGCGGAGGUAGCGCUACGAAGAAAUCACCACAGUCGUUAUCACUACCAAAAGAGAUUGGUUGGCCGAGUUGGGUUUUGAUUUCAAAUAAGAAUCUUGCAGUUGGGGUACACGAAUCAACCGAUGAAGUCGAUGGACAUCUUCUACGAAUGUUCGUUUUUUUUCGAUAUGCAGAAUUUGUGCAGCGGAUCUACCAAAUGUGUCAGAAAAUGAAUGAAAGAAGUCACAUCAUAAACAGUUCGCACUUGUCGAAAUUAUUGAAUAAACUGACUUUAUCAUCGACAGGAUAUGCGACACAUAUAUUCCAAUUGAUGAAAAUGAUGCGUGACAAUCUUUGUGACACAGGCAGUCUACCAUUUGAGAAAGCCCUGAGAACUCAUGUAAAGAAACACGUCUUGAGUUCUCUUUUCCAAUUUCAUGCUGAUUUUGUAAAGUGCCUUGCUUAUGGAUGUUUCACUGAGCUCGAUAUUGGUGAAAAGCUGGAUGAGGAAGUAAAAAAAAUGUGCUUGUGCUACGAUGUUGGAGAAAACAGUCAGGAGAUUUGUUUGCGACAGUUAUUUCAACUGAAUUUCAAUUUUCCAUGCAAGCUUGGCGAUCUAAGCGGGAUUGAUAACAUCUUAGAGUGUAUCGUUAAUAUCCUGUAUAAGGUAAUUACGUUCAUUGCACUAGAUAAGAAAUAUAAACAACAUUUCUUAUUUCUUGAUCCAUCAAUAUCAAAGUGUUUCACAGAAACAUGA